AUGCAUACGCUUGUGAGCGCUUUGCCACCGCGAUCGGAAGCCCGCCACAUGGAAGCAGCUCUCAUGUCAGCGGCAGCGGAGGCAAUGUCGGCUACAGUUGCAUCACAAGAACAGCUGCCGCCUCAUCAACGCUAUCAACAAGAACCAGAAGCAAAGCCAAAAUCACAGCCAAAGAAGUUGAAUGCAAUGAGUCCCUAUAUAAUAGAAAUCGCUGAUGAUGACGUGCAAGCAAAUUAUCCGCCCAAAGCGCACACAUAUGAAAACACAGACACGACAGCGACACAACCGGCGCGGCAGCGCCACUGCACAUGUGUGCGCAGCGCAAGCGAUGCGGCAAUUGUGCUGCGCGUAUGCUCGAAUUUAUGCAACACCAGCGAGGGUCCCUGCGCGCUUUCCACCCAAUGUCAGGCGCUGUCACCGUCAGCAUGUCUGACUAGCGCUGCUCCUGUUGCAACACCGGGCGCUACAGUUAGACCGGAAACGUUGGCGACAAAUCAGCGCAAAUAUUGCACUGUCUGUUGCGCGCUGGUAGCGCUGGGUAGGGCGCGAGACGACGAGCAGGAGGAGAAAAAGUAUUUGGCAGACUAUAAGCGCUGCUGGCCGCCGCCACCGUUCAUUACGCUGGUGUCGCUACUGGAGAUUGCCGUCUUCGUCUACGAUUACAUGACAGUCAAAAUGUCUGUGACAGCAUUGCCGUUUACGAGGGCCCCAGACGUCAGUGCGAACAAACCGUUCGCAGCGAGUGAGUCGUUGCUUAUCUAUCGGCCAGAUCGUCGUCUGGAGAUUUGGCGUUUUGUCUCCUACAUGCUGUUGCACGCGAAUUGGUUCCACCUGAGCUUCAAUGUGGCCACGCAGCUGGUGUACGGGCUGCCCUUGGAGUGGGUGCACGGUUCGGCGCGCAUUGCCAUCAUCUAUUUGGCUGGCGUAUUUGCCGGCUCGCUGGGCACCAGUGUCGUCGACUCGGAUGUCUAUUUGGUGGGUGCCAGCGGGGGCGUCUAUGCGCUACUGGCCGCAUAUUUUGCGAAUACUCUGCUGAAUUUCGGUCAAAUGCGCUACGGUGUGGGGCAACUGGUGCGCAUCGUCGUAUUCGUUUCCUGUGAUCUCUGUUAUGCACUCUACAAUAAGUAUUACAACAGCAACAGCAAUAACAAUGCUGCGCAUGCAAUAGUUAAAAGCACACCAACAAUUUCGUAUGUGGCUCAUCUGAGUGGCGCGUUGGCGGGCUUCACAAUAGGUCUGCUGGUGCUGAAGAACUUCGACGGUCCUUACGCGCCAUCAUCGAAAACGCUGUGGUGGCUGGCGCUGAGCGUCUAUGCGGCUUUUAUGACAUUCGCGAUUGCGUUCAACCUCGUCAACACGGUCACUGCACAAAUGCUCGAGGCGGAGGGUGAGCUCGUCGAGCAGCGCUUACUUCAUAAUUUGGGUAUUACAUAAGCGCCCAUU